GCUUCGGUGGUGGUUGGCCCCAGCUGGGCUCCAAGAAGGGAAACUGCAGGGCAAGUCAGAGACAGAGUCAGUGUGUGUGAAAGAGAAGACAGAGACAGACAGUGUGCAAGGGGAGAAGACAAGAACCUUGAGCUGAAACUAUGAACCCUCCUGGGAACACUUAAUCUUUUAGUGGCUGACCAUGAGAAUGGGUGCUGAGCUGAAGUAAGAUGGCCUCGGACAGAAUGGCGACUCCUCAGAGCAGCUCCAGACAGAGCAGCUCUCUCUCUUCAUCUCCCAUGAGCACCCGGAUUCAAUCUCUCCAGGUCGACUCUGUGCAGCGAUGGAUGGAGGACCUCCGCCACAUGACGGAGGUGGAGUGCAUGUGUGUCCUCCAGGCCAAACCCAUCGGGGUGGAGGAGGACUCCCAGCAAGGAGAGCUGAUCGUGGGUUCCGGGGUGGGUGCAGGGGACCAUGUUGCAAGGAACAACCUGCAGAUACUCCUCCGCCGAGCGCUGGUGGUCAGCACUGAGCUCGGCAAGAUGUUUCAGCGGCUGGAGAAAGGACGCUGGCAGAGGGUUCACAGCACUGCCGUACGAGCCAACUGCCAUGUUCGCUCACUGGUGCAUGAGUACAGCGCCGCCAGAAGUACCCCACCUGAGAUGCAGAAGUAUGAAACAUCUUUACUGGAGAAGUGCAUGGAGCUGACUAAUAUUACAGAGAGGUGCCUUCACACCGAUGAUGAAUUCUUCCUUAAAUCCAUGAGAGAGGCCAUUCAUGAGAUCCUCACUGAUGUCAGUGACUCAUUCAGCAACAUGAUCGACAUGGCCUUAGCCAAUGAGAUCAGGGUCCUGAUCAAACAGAUUGAAUCGUCGGACAGCGUUCACAUCAUCGGCAGUGCCAUUAGCAACCUGCUGUCCCUCACGCAGGACGGACCUCAGCUCUGCAGCAUCAUUGCCAAGGUGGAUGGGAUCCUGUGCCUGGCGGACAUCUUGACCGAUGACAGCAGCGUGGAAGCAGCCCGGGCCGAGGCGGCAGCAGUUGUGGCUCAGAUCACCUCGCCUCACCACACGUCCACGCAGCACCUCGCCAGCUUCCUGGAGAGCAUGCACGACAUCGUCACCUCGCUCAUCAAGUUGUGUGAGAGCGCCUCCUGUGGUGAGGUGUUCCUCCUUGCGUCUGCAGCCUUGGCCAACAUCACCUUCUUUGACAGCAUGGCUUGUGAGAUUCUCCUGCAGCUCAACGCUGUCCACAUCCUGCUGCAGGCCUGCAAAGACCGACAGAGAGUCGACACACCCUACUCCAAAGACCAGGUGGUGACCAUAUUGGCGAACCUCUCAGUCUUAGAGCAGUGUGCUGCUGAAGUCCUGCAGGAGCAAGGAACAGAGCGAUUGCUGCUGCUACUGGGAGAGAAACCAUCCUCCUCCAGUCCAUCAGAGGGCGCCGCCUGCGAGCGUGUCCAGCAGAAAGCUGCUGUCACUCUGGCCCGUCUUAGCAGAGACCCUGAUGUGGCCCAAACAGCCAUCCAGCUGAAAGCGGUUCCGCUUCUCAUUGAGCUGUGUCGUUCCCCUACUGAGAGAAAUAACAGCGACUCAGUACUGGUUGCCUGCCUGGCUGCCUUGAGGAGACUGGCAGCAGGGUGUCCAGACAGCAUCGAGGCAGCAGACCACCAGCAGCUCAUCAAACCGCGGCUGGUCGACUCCUUCCUGCUGUGUUCUAACAUGGAGGAGAGCUUUGUAUGACGGCCUGCGCACUAAACACUGAGAGCGGAGCGCUGAGCUCGUGUACCAGAUCGUGUACAUGUAAUGUUUCAUGACACAGAGACGACUAAAGAGCAUGUUCACUCCGAGACAUUCUGAGUGAGAAUUCGUUUUUUCCCAAUUUCCUCCUGGACCCUUUGGAUGUGGGUGAACGGAGCGAAGCUGCAGCGUGUCAGUUUGAAUGGAUGCAGAUAUGGAAAUGUACAAACAAGUGCAGCCGAGUGGGACUCAGUAAUAACAUUUAAUGCAAGGAGUGUGUGCAAGUUCAUUAGUUAUAUUUUUGUGAGUGGUUAUUAAGUAAUUAUUGUGUAUGAGUGGGUGCUACUCUUUGAAAAGGGAAAGUAUAACCUGUUGUGAAUGAGACACUUUAUAUGUUACCACUGUGGAAUGUUUUUUGUUCUUGUCUGAAGAUGUCGUAUCCAAAGCAUUUCAACUAUGUGAGAAUACAGAACGAUGUUGACACAGUGACAUGGAUAAUACAGUAAAAUGCCUCUGUUCAUCGUCUGAAACAUUUAACAUUGAUGGUGUUGGUCUGAAUUAUUUCCUCUCAACUCUUCUUAAGCAGGUUUGUAACAAAUAUGUUUUCUAUCAGCCGCCACUUUAUUCAGUUAACUCUUUACAACUAAAUUAUUACAGUAAGAACUAUUAUGUGUUUUAGUAUGUAUGUUAUCUGUGUAUAUUAAUUGACAAGGCACUAUUAGUAUUUAAUUUUUUUAUCUGAAGCAUGAUCUAUUUGUCCUGGUUUGGAAUAUAUUGUCUCAUAAAGAGCAUUGUAUGGAAUGUUGAACUUAAUCUCAAUUAUGACACGUAUUUGCUACAUGAAGAUGAAUCUUUUUUUUUUAAGUCUUGGGUUUGAAUAUAAAGAUGCUUUUUAUUUAAAUAGAAUUACCAUCAUUGUAUGCCAUACAUGGAAUAAAGGCAAUCAUCCAUCUGAA